AUGCCUGAGAGUCCGGCUGAGGAGAAAUCGGAGGCUAUUCACAAUGAGACUGCUCAUGUGGCAGCAGAGAGAGGGCAUGCUGCGACUGAUCAAUAUGGAAAUGCUCUCGUCCAUUUCGACAAGGACGCUGAGCGACGACUACGAUUGAAAAUUGAUCUCUACAUUGUCCCUACCGUGUCUCUCCUGUACCUGUUCUGCUUCAUCGACCGUGCGAAUAUCGGUAACGCAAAGCUUGCAGGGCUUGAGAAAGACCUCGGUCUCAAAGGUUACGAUUACAAUCGAGUUCUUUCCGUGUUCUACAUAUCGUACAUCAUAUUCGAGAUCCCUUCAAACAUGGCCUGUAAAUGGAUUGGUCCAGGAUGGUUUAUUCCUACAAUCUCUCUUGGCUUUGGUAUCUGCUCCAUCUGCACAGCAUUCGUGCACAACAUCCAUUCAGCUUCUGGGGUGCGCUUCCUGCUUGGUAUGUUCGAAGCUGGUAUGAUGCCUGGAAUUGCAUACUAUCUCUCCAGAUGGUACCGUCGUAGCGAGUUGGCCUUCCGUCUCUCACUCUAUAUCGUCAUGGCUCCUCUGGCCGGAGCAUUCGGUGGACUUCUCGCAUCUGGAAUCCUCAAGCUACACCAUUUCGGCGGUCUACACACGUGGAGAAUGAUCUUCGCCAUCGAAGGAAUAAUCACCUGCGGCCUGUCCCUCCUCGCCUUCAUCACCCUCACCGAUCGACCAGCAACAGCACGUUGGCUGACACAAGAAGAAAAAGACCUCGCCAUCGCCCGAGUCAAAUCCGAGCGCGUAGCCACCACCGAAGUCCUCGACCGAAUCGACAAACCCAAGAUCUUGCGCGGAAUCUUCUCCCCCGUCACCCUAAGCACAGCAUUCAUCUUCCUCCUCAACAACGUUACCGUCCAAGGCCUCGCCUUCUUCGCUCCUACCAUCGUCAAGACCAUCUACCCUAAGAACAGCACUAUCAGCCAACAACUCUACACCGUACCUCCCUACGUCGUGGGUGCUUUCUUCACGGUCCUAUUCCCCUUCCUAAGCUGGAGACUAGACAAGCGAAACAUCUUCUUCAUCAUCUCAGCUCCCCUAGUAAUGGUCGGCUACAUCAUGUUCCUCGCCUCCUCCGCCCCGCACGUCCGCUACGGCGCGACAUUCAUCAUCGCCUCGGGCGCCUUCUCCUUCGGGGCCCUGUGCAACGCGCAAGUCGCCGCGAACGUGGUGUCCGACACGGCGCGCUCGGCGGCCAUCGCGACGAAUGUCAUGUUUGGCAAUAUCGGGGGCUUGAUCUCCACGUGGAGUUUCUUGCCGUUUGAUAGUCCCGAUUAUCAUAUUGGUAACGGCUUGAAUUUGGCGACUAGCUCGACGAUGUUGCUGUUGAGUAUCAUGUUGUUGGUGUAUAUGACGUGGGAUAAUAGGAAGCGGGAGCAGAAGAAUAUGGAGAAUGAGUUGGAGGGUCUCAGGGCGUUGAGUCAGAAGCAGGUGCAGGAUUUGGAUUGGAGGCAUCCGGCUUUUAGGUGGAAACCUUAG